UCCAAUCUCCGGAAAUGCCUUCCCAUCUUCACAAGCAAAGCUAUCCUCAAAUCCCAUCCUUGAUAAAAAAAAACACCUAAGAUCCUCAAUCCUCAACAUCCAUAAUCAACUCUACUCCUCUUCUCUUCUUUCACUUUUAGUUGACGUAAAUCCAAAAUCCAAUCGCAUGUCUAAACAGACCUACAGAGUAUGCUUUUGUUGCCGGCGAAGGUUCAAGCUGGCUUCUGCAGAGGCCCCGGCUGAAAUCAAGUCCAUAUUCGACCGCUACUCCGAAAACGGGACCAUAAGCGUUGAUAACCUCCAUCGUUUCUUGGUUGAAGUUCAAAAGCAAGAGAAUGCCACGGUGGAGGAUGCUGGAGCCAUCAUAAAUAGCCUUCAUGAGCCUAAACACCUCAACAUUUUCCAUCGCAGCGGUCUUAAUCUUGAGCAAUUUUUCAAGUAUCUUUUUGGAGAUAUUAAUCCUCCUAUUGAUCCUCGUCGCGGGGUUCAUCAUGAUAUGCAUGAUCCAUUGUCUCAUUACUAUAUAUAUACCGGGCAUAAUUCUUAUUUGACUGGGAAUCAGCUAAGUAGUGACUGCAGCGAUGUCCCUAUAAUAAAUGCACUCCAGAAUGGUGUGAGAGUAAUCGAAUUGGAUAUAUGGCCUAAUUCCACAAAAGAUGAUGUUGAUGUCCUGCAUGGAAGGACGCUGACAACUCCUGUGCAACUCAUCAAAUGCUUGAGGUCUAUUAAAGAGCAUGCAUUCUCUGCAUCCGAGUAUCCUGUUGUUAUCACACUUGAAGACCAUCUUCCUCGGCAUCUUCAAGCUAAAGUAGCUGAGAUGAUUAAUGAAACAUUUGGAGAUAUGCUGUUCGUACCUGGAUCAGACGGUCUAAGAGAGUUUCCCUCGCCAGAAUCCUUGAAAAGAAAGGUUAUGAUAUCAACUAAACCACCUAAGGAGUACUUAGAGGCAAAAGACCUUAGUGGAGAACAGAAUGAAGUGAAGGAAGGAAAACAAUCAGCUGAAGCAGAACCUUGGGGAAGAGAAAUCUCAAUUAAUAAAUCUAGGACCAAUGAUGAGGAUGAUCUCAAUGAAGAGGAAGCUCAUGAGGACGAUGACGAUGAUGAAGUAGAUCGCAAGUCUCAGCAAAUUGCAGUCCCAGAAUAUAAACGUUUGAUUGCAAUCCAUGCUGGAAAGGGAAAGGGUGGACUGGAUGAUUGGCUGAGGCUCGAUCCUAACAAAGUGAGACGCCUUAGUUUAAGUGAGCUAGAACUUGAGAAGGCUGCUGUAACUCAUGCAAAAGAAAUUAUAAGUUUUACUCAGAGGAACUUGUUGAGAGUAUACCCAAAGGGAAUACGUUUUGACUCAUCUAAUUACAAUCCCCUCAUUGGAUGGAUGCAUGGGGCACAGAUGGUCGCACUAAACAUGCAGGGUUAUGGAAGAUCACUCUGGGUGAUGCGUGGAAUGUUCAGGGCCAAUGGUGGCUGUGGAUAUGUUAGAAAACCAGAUAUCUUAUUGAAGACUGGUAAUGAGAUUUUUGACCCUAAAGCCAAAUUACCAGUUAAAACUACACUGAAGGUGACAGUAUUCAUGGGUGAGGGAUGGUAUUAUGAUUUCCGUCAUACACACUUUGACACUUACUCCCCUCCUGAUUUCUACGCAAGGGUAGGGAUUGCUGGAGUUCCUGCUGAUACUCUGAUGAAGAAAACAAGGACGCUGGAGGACAAUUGGAUACCUAAUUGGAAUGAACACUUUGAAUUCCCACUAACAGUUCCUGAAUUGGCUCUGCUUCGGAUUGAAGUUCAUGAGUAUGAUAUGUCUGAUAAGGAUGACUUUGGAGGACAAACAUGCUUGCCUGCUUCAGAACUAAGAGAAGGCAUCCGAGCUGUUCCUCUUCAUAAUCAAAAAGGGGAGCCAUACAGGUCGGUAAAGCUUCUGAUGCGAUUUCAGUUCAUCUGAUGCAAUGGCAAGUCUCUGGCUUUUGCUCCUCAGUCCUCGCCUCCUUGGUAUAUACCCAUCUGUGUAAAUUAUAAGAUCUUUUCCCUAUUCCAUUGGUUUUGUGCAAUGCAAUAAAAGAUUGUGUAAACAAUGCCUGGUUAUGUGUAUCUGUAUAUUGUCAAAGCCCAGAACCAAAGCCAACAAUAUAUAGCAGUCUUGCUCGUUCCAUCAUUUCUUCUACGCUCUUCCUAUGGUGCAGAUGUCAAAUUGUAAAUAGUACGCAGACUUUGCUUAAAUUGAUCAGUUGAUAAUGCAAAACAGUUUUAUGUGUUGCCUUGCUU